AUGAUGGCUGCCUCAGACCCGAGACACAGCCAAUACUUGACCGUCGCCGCCUACUUCCGUGGUAAGGUUUCGAUGAAAGAAGUCGAAGAAAACAUGCUGUCAGUCCAAAGCAAGAACUCGAACUACUUUGUUGAGUGGAUUCCAAACAACGUCCAAACCGCUCAUUGUGACAUCGCACCUCGUGCACACAAGAUGUCUGUGACAUUUAUCGGUAACUCGACUGCCAUCCAAGAUUUGUUCAAGCGGGUGGCCAAUCAAUUCACGGCCAUGUUCAGACGUAAAGCUUUCCUGCAUUGGUACACUGGAGAAGGAAUGGACGAGAUGGAAUUCACGGAAGCAGAAUCCAACAUGCAGGAUCUGGUUGCUGAGAUUGGAUUCUUGAUCCAAUAG